AUGAUCGUCUUCCUCCUGGAAGCGUGGCCUUCAGGUGCCGGAGCCAGAAGCGCUGCGUCCCUGGCAUCUGGCCAGUGCCAGGUUUUCGGGGUGCUGGAGUUCGCGGGGGGCCUUGGGGAGUCCGGCUGCCCUCCAGGUUGGGGGUUCGCUGCCCUGGAUGACCCGCGGGCUGGCCUCCUGGACCUGCUGGAGGGCGGCCGGGCCUGGCAGAGGAGGGGCCCCACCCUGCCGGCCUGGGUCGCCCGCGAGCCGGAGCGUUGGCUGCAGGCACAGCCCCCUCGGGCCUACCCGGGGGAACCCCCUCAGGGCAGCCCGGGGCCGAGGCAACUGCAGGCCUAUGCCCUCAGGGUCUUGGCUGAUAGUCCUCCCAGCCUCGUGGAGCCGCUGGUCAGCAUCUUCCGGCUGCAGGACACGGAUCGGAGCUCCCUCCCGGCCCACGUCCACCGGCUCCACGAGGAGGGCAAGUUCAAGGAAGCUGCCAUGCGGGGCAUGACGCUGCGGCUGCCGCCAGCGCUCGGCGUGGAAGAGGUGAGCACCCCGCUGCUCCUCCAGGACAAGGUGAGCCUCGUGGAGCGCUACGUGGACGGCUUCCCAGGCCUCCAGAGGAGGCUGCUGGCCCUCAUGGACUCCUGGUGCCGGCCCAGCUUUGACAGCAGAGUCGUCGCCAGGCGUGUCUUUCAAAGAACGGAGUUCGUCGCUGAAGCCCGAUCCACCGAGGAGGACAAGAACCGUGGCCUCCGGGAAGCUGGGGACGCUGUCCCCCGACCCCCACCCCCCGUCCCCCGAGCGCUGGCGCGGCAGGUCCUGCGCCUGCGGGAGCACCUCGGCCUGGACCCCGAUGAGCCGUACCCUGCAGCACCCUCCUGCCGAAGGCUGAACCAGACCCCCGGGCGAGGUCUGGGCCCGGGCGCUGCAGGCUGCGUGCCUCCGCCACACGCAAAGCCAGGCGGUACAGCCCAUGUCCUGCCCUGUCCCUGGGGCCUGGUGGGGCCUAGCAAACAGCUACAGGAGCAGCUGCCGCAGCUGCUGGCCUCUCACGGUGACGCAGCCAUGGUCGCCUGCUGUGCCCGGGACCUCUCGCUGCCCGAGGAGCGGCUGCCGGCCGCAGUAGCCACAGAGCUGAGCCAGCUCAAGCUCCAAGACAGGACGGCCGAGGCGCCUUCGGAGGACACGAAGGACCAUUGCUACCGGCUGCCCAUCGCCAGGGAGGAUGUCCGCUUGCUGGCCUUGUGGGAGGACCUGUCCCGGCACGAGGAGGAGCUCCAGCAGGAGCCUGCAGCCCCCGCGGUCCCAGCCCGGGCCUCCCGCGUGCUGUGCGACCACAUGCGGCAGGGGCCGGCGCGCCAGCUCCGCCGCCUCGGCGCAGAUGUGCUCAUGCUGGGCGCCGUGGGGACCCCCGCCCCGAGGCCGAGACCUGGAGGUGGCCGUUCCUCCAAAGAGCCCGGGCUGCCUUCAGCAGGACACUGCGUCGCCAGGCGGGAGGGGAGGAUAGGCCUGACCGCGGGGCUGCCGUACGAGGAGGCGAGGCUCCGGGUUGGCGCCGGUUGCCUCUGGGUGGGCUGCUCCCUCAAGGCCCAGCAGCAGGUGAAGGCUGUGCUCGGGCACUUCAACGUGCACGUCACCCGCGCGGACACCCUCAGCCUCUGCCAGGCCCGCAGCUGCGACCAGGCCCUGAAGGUGUCUGAGGACACGAGGCAGCAGCUCCUGUGGCUCAGCGGCCGCCAGGAAGGCCCCCGCCACCGAGGUGACGAGGCCCAGAUCGAGGACACGCAGGAGCCAGCCCCCGAGGAGACGCCCGGGGGCCGCACCUAUGACGCCCCGUGCCUCUGGCUGGAGGGGGCCGACCUGCGGGCCUGCGUCCCCGCCACGCUGGGCAGCGGCACAUGGCUGCAGCUGGCGGGGGUCCCGGAGGGCGUGCUGUGGCAGCCGGGCUGCGGCAAGGUCUUCUGGGAGGGCUCCCACCGGGGCCGGGUGGCCUCGCAGUUCCGCGAGGUCCUGGACAGCGUCCCCUGCUCCCGCGAGCCCGGCCCGGCUCCCAGCCCUGCCAGCAGCCCCUCCUGA